CAAAAAACAUAUGACAAGAAAAAAUAAAAAUGAUAAAUAGUGGAUUGUUUCAUUCAAAUAUUUUGGCGGGAAGCAGUGUAGCCAAUUAGUUACGUACGACAGACCAACUUCCGGCAACUUCUGCCUCUGUUUGAUGUCGGGUUCACUUGGUAUUAAACCAUGGGUCGUGUAAUUCGUGCUCAGCGUAAAGGAGCUGGGUCUGUCUUCAGAUCUCACACAAAAAGGAGAAAGGGAGCACCAAAACUUCGUUCUCUUGAUUUCUCUGAGAGGCAUGGAUACAUCAAGGGUGUUGUUAAGGAUAUUAUUCACGACCCUGGUCGUGGAGCACCCUUAGCAAUGGUACAUUUCCGUGACCCGUACAAAUUUAAAACACGCAAAGAAUUAUUUAUUGCCCCCGAAGGAAUGUACACUGGACAGUUUCUUUACUGUGGAAAAAAAGCGAAUCUUCAAAUUGGAAAUGUGAUGCCUGUUGGUCAAAUGCCUGAAGGUACCAUUGUUUGUAAUUUGGAAGAAAAAACUGGCGACAGAGGUCGAUUGGCCAGAGCAUCAGGAAAUUAUGCCACAGUUAUAGCUCACAAUCCUGAUACAAAGAAAACUAGAGUUAAAUUACCAUCUGGUGCCAAAAAAGUUAUUCCAUCGAACAACAGGGCAAUGGUAGGAAUUGUUGCUGGUGGUGGACGUAUCGACAAGCCGAUUCUUAAAGCUGGUCGUGCUUAUCACAAGUACAAGGCAAAGAGGAAUUGCUGGCCUAAGGUUCGUGGUGUUGCUAUGAAUCCUGUUGAACAUCCUCAUGGUGGUGGUAACCAUCAACACAUUGGUAAAGCAUCGACAGUUAAACGUGGAACCAGCGCUGGUCGUAAGAUUGGUCUUAUUGCUGCGCGUCGUACAGGAAGAAUCAGAGGAGGAAAAACCGACACCAAGAAGGACGAUUAGAUUAAAUGCUGAUUAAAUUUUGGAACUUACGCAAUAAAAACACUAAAAAAAUGAC